AUGUCGGGUGCAAUCCUCGCCGCCCUCCACGCAGUGCUGCUUCCCGCCUGCCGCGCCUCCCUCGCGCGCACUUCUUUCACUUCCACAAACACCGCCUCAUUGCAGCUCCUGCGCGGUAUUUCGCAUCUGCAAUCCGCAUUCCCGUUCAUCCAGAAGCCAUCGCAGCGCGAGCAACAGCCGGUUCCUACGAGUAGUACAAUCCAGGACUCAUUCCGCGCGGCCACUAGUCCGAGCCAUUCGCCCGCCACUCUCACUCAAGCCGUUUUCCAGUUCCAUCGGGCCGUUGCAGCCAUGGCGGGCAUGCGCCCCGCAGCGCACUCGGAGCGCGAGCAGCAGGAGGCGGAGCCGCUGCCGGGGCUGAGGCGCACCGUGUGGGGGCAGCUGGACCUCAAGCCGCGCUUCCCCAAGCUCGAGUCGCACGUGCACGCUGACGUGGCGGUGAUUGGCGGCGGGAUCGCGGGGCUGAGCAUCGCGUACCAGCUACAGCGCAAGGGGAAGUCGACCGUGCUGCUGGAGCGCCGCUGCAUUGGGCAGACGGGGAGGACGACGGCGCACAUAAUGGCGUGGAACGACGACUUCUAUAUGAACCUCGAGAAGAGCUUCGGGCGCGACAACACGGGGCUCGUGGCGGAGUCGCAUCGCCAGGCCAUCGCGUGCAUUGAGGACACCGUGGCGCGCGAGCGCAUCGACUGCAAGUUUUCACGCCUCGAUGGGUACCUCUUCCCACACGACUCCAAGCCGUCCACGCUGGAGACGCUCCACCUGGAGUACGAGGCGUGCAAGCGGGCGGGGUUCACGGACGUGUACAUGGCGGAUCUCAACGGCGACCCCGCCCUCGGCUCCGUGCACAAGGCCAUCUGCUUCCCCUCCACCGCCGAGUUCCACCCCCUCAUGUAUCUGAGCGGGGUGGCGGACGCGUUUGUACGGCACGGGGGGUGCAUCUUCGAGCAGACAGUCGCCUUCCGCGAGGAGGGGUCGGUGACGGGCACGGGGGCGGGGGUGGUGGUGGCGAGCAAGGACGGGCGGGGCGAGGUGCAAGCGGGGGCGGUGGUGCUGGCCACCAACUCGCCCAUCAACCACAACCUCCUCGUGCACGCCCGCCAGCCCGCUGACAGGAGUUAUGUUGUGGGCCUCCACCUGCCUAAAGGCUCCGUCAAGCGAGCCAACUGGUGGGACACAGCUUCCCCCUACCACUACGUGCGCGUGGAGGAGCAGGAGGGGCGCGACGUGCUCGUGGUGGGCGGCGGCGACCACCCCGUGGGCAUGCCCGCCACCCAGUACCACGACGUGUGGGGCGACCUCGAGCGCUGGGCACGGCCCCGCUGGCCCAUGGCGCAGCAGACGCUCUUCCGCUGGAGUGGCAUGGUGCGUACACAGGGAGGGGUGGGUGGUGGUUUUUUCAUGGCAUGGGCUGGUGUGGGGCUUCCAACUCGGGAUUUCUCCACGACUUCCAACUCGGGAUUUCUCCACGACUUCCAACUCGGGAUUUCUCCACGACUUCCAACUCGGGAUUUCUCCACGACUUCCAACUCGGGAUUUCUCCACGACUUCCAACUGCUCCGCCCGCUGAUCCGCUCCGUCUGUGCCAUUUCCUCCUUGUUCUUCCCGCCGCACUCUUAUCCUGCUGUCCUGUGCUGCUCUCUCCAUGCUGCUACCCACGCAUGGCAGGUGUACGAGCCGGUGGACUUCCUGGGGCUGUACGGCCGCAACCCCAUGGACUCCACUAACACCUACAUUGCCACUGGUGACAGUGGGCAGGGCAUGACGGGCGGCACCAUAGCCGCCAUGAUCAUAUCCGAUCUCAUCUGCCGCCGCCCGAAUCCGUUCGUGGAGAUCUACUCGCCAUCGCGCCUGCCGCCCCUGUCCAAGGAGUCACUGUCACUGGCCGGCUCCGUUGUCAGCCACACCUUUCAGGGGUACAAGGACCGCUUGCCCCAGGUGGGCACGGACGGCGUGGAGAUAGAGGAGCUGGGGCGCGGGUGCGGGGCGGUGGUGCGCAUGGGCGGGGGCAAGGCCGCUGUUUUCCGUGACAAGGACGGCUGCGUGCACGCCUUCUCUGCGACAUGUCCGCACAUGGGAUGCAGCGUGCACUGGAACCCCAACGACACCACGUUUGACUGCCCGUGCCACGGCUCGCAGUUCGACCACCGCGGCCGCUGCAUCAACGGCCCCGCCAAGGCCGACCUCGCUCCACUCGACCCUGCUCAGACGGGGUAG